AUGGAAACCGAGUGGGCACUCUUCCCACGUGGGCCUGGUGUCGGGAAGUUGAUGAACCUAGCCACAGAUGAUAGCAACAUAUCACUUGCAUCGACGUACACCCUGGGCCUGUCUUUGGCACUUGGUAUCUCCAAUGUGUACUCAGGCAGGCUGCUUGCCAACCUGUCUCAACUCGUCCAUCAUUGCUCUGUGUUCUGUGGGUGUCAGAUUGUGGCCAGUGUACAUGAUUAUGUGUGCUCCCUUCUCAAACACUGGACUCUUCUUGGGCUUCUUGUUGAGGCCACCGAUAUAGGUAUUUGCGGGUCGAGGAGUCUCGCUAUAAUGUAUGGCAAAGAGACCGAGGCCAGCGUGUAG